AUGGCGCAAGGUUCCGACGAAGGCGCCGGCGCAGCGCACGGUUCGUGGCCGAGCGGCGCCGACGCCGACACACCCGUGGCGCCCACGGCGGGUGCGGUCGCCGCCAUGACGCUUGGCAGCAUCCUCACCGUCGCAGGCAUCCUCCUGCUCUUCGUCAUCUUCGCCUUCGUCCUCGCUUCCCUCCAGUACUGCUUCAACGCCAGCAGGGACAGGGACGCAGGAAGCGGGCCGUCCGCCGGUGGUAGCAGCGGUGGGACACGGGCCAGCAGGGGCGUCGACCCGGAGCUGCUGCGCUCGCUGCCUGUCACGGUGUACCACGGUUCGGACAAGGGGCAGCGGUACGCGGUGGAGUGCACCGUGUGCCUCGCCGAACUCCAGGACGGCGAGGAGGCCCGGUUCUUGCCCUGCUGCGGCCACGGCUUCCACGCAGAGUGCGUCGACAUGUGGCUCGCCUCCCACACCACCUGCCCGCUCUGCCGCCUCACCGUCUCCAAGCCCGACGACGUAUCUCCUCAUCUGGCGCCUUCCUUGGCUCUCCCACCGGUCGCGCCGGAGCCCGCGAACUACGCCACCGUCAAUCUCCCCGCCAGCAUGCUUCUCGGGGUGUCUGACCAUGGCGCGGUCACCGCGGAGACUAUGACCACCGACGUCCCCACGAACCCAUCCACCUUGGUGAUCGAGAUCCCGGAGCUGGCUGUGCCGACGCCGACGCUGACCCCGUGCGACGCUGCCAAGUCACUGGGCUCGGCGAGGCUGAGAUCGUUCAGGAGGCUGUGGAGCUUCGGAAGGCAAGGGGCCGGAGCGACUCCUUCCUGCUCCUGUGCCGGUGCCGGCGCCAGCGAAGGAGUCGACUUGGAGCAGGGUAUCAGCUAG